GCGGGCCACAUCGAUUUCCGUCGGAAAUGGCGCACCCUGCAAAACGGUCAAGGUAUGAUGUUCUUGCCGCAGCUACCGCUCAGUUCUACAACACUACAGGGACAGUACCGGGAAGCCUUCACCUGGCAACUGAUAUCUCCUAUCUAGUUACUAAUCAACCGAGUUGCACUAUUGUCGUUGCAGACAUCCCGGAAGGUUGUACAGAAAGGGAUUUGAUUGGUCUUUUCAGCAGAUACGGGCAGAUUAAAAAUGCCAAGCUGGUAUGCAGUGGUCGAGCUGCUCUUGUUGAGUUUUGUGAAAUUUCUCCUCCCACUAGACUUGUCCACAUGGCGAAAAUCAACCCUUUUUGUGUCGGUCCGAAUCGCGUUAGGCUGGAAUUUUCUUCCGAAACAAUUACUCCUGUAAUUGACCGCAAACAUCAAUCACAGUCUUCAGCCUUGGACAACAAUGCCCCUACACGCAUUCUUCAUUUAGAUAUUUCAAAUGCUGAAUACCCAAUAACUGUCGAUGUAAUAAAGGCAAUCUGUUCUCCUCAUGGGAAUAUCCUAAGAACCUUUAUUGGGAAAAAGAAUGUUGACCGUUCAUUAGAAGCUCUUGUUGAAUUUGAAAAUGUUGAAGAGGCUAGGGCAGCCAAAGAGCAGCUUGAUGGUGCUGACAUAUAUUCCGGUUGUUGUAAUCUUACGGUUGCAUAUUCCCGUCUUCAACGUGUUCAUGUGACUCAGAACGAUAGUGAGUCCUGGGAUUUCACUGGUCCAAGUGGCAAUUUAGAAGGACCUCUGAACAAUUCUUCCACUCAGCGUACGCUACUUGGCUCAGUAGCUCCGCCUCCCAAUUCAGCCGUAGCUUCUGCAAUCUUACCACCUCCUGCAGCCGCCCCAUUCCCACAUGUGUCUCCGAUGUAUGGCGCACAACCCUACCCUCCCUCCCAAACACCGAUGGGUUACUAUGGAGUGGGUCCACUUAUUCCUCCGGCGUGCGCUGUCCCUGCCGUGACACCGUUUGCCUCUCCAUAUCCAGGUUACUGGCAACCUAAUAUGAUCCCGGCUGCUGGUAUCCAGUCACUCAGGCCACAAGCUUCGACUGGUUUCACACCACCAUCACAAAUCAUAAUACUUCCAACCCCUCCUUCAGUUCAUCAAGUAAAUGCUAGCGGAAUUGGGAUUGGUCAUUCAACAUCAAACCUAUCUGUAUCAACUCCGGCUGCUCGUCAAUCGGACUUGUCAGUUUUUGAAGCUAUUGAAGGUGUAGUUUUAAUGGCCAGCAAUAUACCACAGCGCAUGAAUUGUGAUCAUCUGUUCAAUUUAAUUUGUCUGUAUGGUAAUGUUGCACGGAUUAAGUUCCUGAAGACACGCCCUGGCUAUGCAAUGGUUCAAGUCGGAAACCCAGAAACAGGUGACCUCAUACAUCGAUACUUCAGUGGAGUGUGUGUGUUUGAGCAAGUUAUUCAGUUUCAUCACAGCAAGGUGACGGAGCUUAAGGAACAUGAAAAUCUGGGGACAUUGGCUGAUGGGUCACCAGUUAUGAAAAAUUACAUGACGGACCCCAACAACCGCUUCCGAAACUCAAUGGUGGCUGCCAAAAGUAGAAUUCUUGAACCUUCUCGCACACUUCAUUUCUUCAAUGCCCCCUUAAUUUUAGUCCAGAUGACAUUUGCCGAGUGUUCUCAGAUUGUGGUGCCACACCUCCACCCCGUGUUGUAAUAUUCACUUCUAAAGCAGGUCAAAAAACUUCUCUUGGAUUGGUAGAAUGGGAUACGUUGACUGAGGCUCUUGAGGCCCUCAUUUUGGCAAAUCACCGGCCAGUUCACUUAUCUGGAUACGCUCAUCCUUUUCAUCUAAAAAUUGCCUUUAGUCCGAAACCUAUAUCAGAUGACAGAGCUGGCAUUUCGCUGAUACGUUAUCCUGCACCUCCUUUGAUGCCCGGACACCAUGGAUCGUUGGCGAUAAAUGGUCAGCGAAAUGACAAGGCUCCUGGUGGCGGUUCUAAUGGGGAACAAGAGGAUGAAUUAGAUAUUCUGUCGAAAAUGGAGAAAGCCGAAGGUUGUGCAAAGCCUAAAUCAAAGGGUGACUCAGCGGAUGCUAAAUCUGAUUCAACUAAAUUUCCAGAAGAUGAAUCCAAUGGUGCACCAAAUUCGUCGGGAGUGACCGGAAACGAAACUUAGACGUGCGAUAGCGAACUGAUAUAUUUCAGUAUAUUUAACACCCGCGUUUCAUUAUGCUUAGCUUAUUAAUGGCCACUUGCAAAUGAGUUAAUCACAAUUCUCGGUCCUGGAUUGGAGUUCCGAGUGCGGGAUUGUGGAUGCUCACGACUGAGGAAUCCCAUACUAAGACUGAUAUGACGGAAAGAAAAGUCCAUUUUCGAUUGAUUUACUCAUUAUGAGUUUUAUUCAACAUUCAACAUCCGUUUUGAUUCAACGUGAGAAUCAUUCAGUGUAGUAUUUGAUUGUGUUUUCCCAGUAUGAUAUUUUAUUCUGUAUAAUAUACGACAUUCUUAUAUUCCAUUGACAUGAACUAUGUAUGCUCAGUAAGUGAUUUGUUAUAACUGAGUAUGCGAUUUCAUCUUAAUUAUUAAUCAAAAUGGAUGUACAAUUAAUAUAUAAACCAGUGUAUUUUAAACUAUUUUGAUUCGUCGUUGUCAUAGUGUUUGGGGCUAAUAAAUCUUCACUUAUACCAGUCUUGUGUUCUUACUUUCGCAUCGCGGGAAUUGUAGAGGUUCCUCGUUACGAGUAUAUAUGAUCAGUGUUUUCCGGCACAGCAAUCAGCGACGACCAAAUAUAACAAAGACAAAACAUCUGUCCAGUGUUUCUGGCUUUUUGAUGGUAGUCUAAUAUUAAUCCAUUUAUGAUAUCAAUCUAAACAAUCAGAUCUCAGCACUUACUAACUAAAUGCUUUAUUUUUGUA